AUGGCUGUUCCCCCGAUUCCACCUCAACAACAACCGUUACCACCUCAGUUCCAGCAGCAGCCUAAUCAGCCCAUCCCGUCAGCAGUACCACCACAACCGAAAAAGCGUACUAAUAACGCAACUGCAGCGCCUACAAGAAGCUCCGCAGCCUAUCCUCGAAAAAGAGCUUUAACUGCCUGUGAUACUUGUAGGUUGAAGAAAAUAAAGUGUGAUAAUGUUAGACCUAGAUGUGGAGCUUGUUCUAAGAAUGGGAACCAUAAUUGCCAUUAUAGAGUUGACGAUCAUACCAAUGAUUAUUCCAGCUUUGAUCCUGCUUCCUUAAAUAUAUUAAGUAAACUUGAUCUCAUAUUGAAAGAUAUCAAGGUAUUGAAGAAAAACCAUCACUCUAAUCGUGAUAUUGAUGAUGUCGAUGAUGAUGCAGAUUACGAUAGUGAUGAGAAGAGUCCGACUAGAAAGAAACUCAAGCUUUCUAAAUCGAAAAAUAGUAAUAAAAGACUCCAUGAGUUCGAUAAAUGUGUUUGGGACAUGUCUUUAACUUCAAUAUUUAAAUGGGAUUUUUUCAAAAAGCAUGUUGACUCAAAUACCAUCCAAAUCAAUAAAAAUAUAAAAAAAUUAAUUAAAUUAUAUUCUAAAAAUCAACACGCUUCACCAAAUCAGAAAACUUUCAAAGAUCGUAUUGCAAAUUGCCAUUUGGUGGAACAAUUAUUAGCUAAUAAUUUUUCAUUUUUGAUAAAUAGCUUCUUUUUAAAUUGUCAUACAAAAGUUCCAAUAUUUGAUAUAUUAGAAUUAUUAGAAUGCAUCGAAAUCUAUAAGUUAAUGAAAAAUACCGAUCCAAAAUUAACAUUUAUGGAGUAUACUGAGGGUGAUUCGUAUGAAGAAAAUGUUGAUGACUCCUUCCUACCCCCAUUAUUUUUUGAAGCUUUGAAGAAAAAUAACGUUGAAGACACCACGUAUAGAAGGAAAGCAUAUAUUACUUUAUGUCGAUCAAUUCCUUCAAUCCUAUUAAUAUGUGCAUUGAGUGCAAUAUCCAUGCCCGUUCAGUUAGACAAUGUGGGAAGAUUUGUGAACUCAAAAGAAGAAUCUCAAUCGAUUUCAAUUAGCUGUUUUUCGGAAUCUUCUUUACCUGCUGGACUACCAGCCGAUAGAAUGGCUAUAAGUCAGUAUUUAUUAAAUUAUUCUAAUUUAAUCCAUACGUUGUUUCCUUCCACAUUACAAGAAUGUACAUUAAACCCAGUUCAAUAUUAUGUUUUGCUAAAUCAAUACCAUUUAUGUGCAAUGAAUCCAUUGAAAGCUUAUAAUUCCAUUGUCAAAGCAUGUCAUUCAAUAAUGUAUUUAUUACAAAGUAAGCGAAAUAUUCAAGACCCAACCAUUCUUAAUGUUAAAGCCGAUUCAAAUAAAAAACAAAUUCUUGAUCGAGUAUUUUGGAUUUGCCUUAAAUUAGAAUCUGAAAUACGAGUUGAGUUAUCACCUUAUGUACCAUCAUCAGGAAUCACUCAAGUAAUCCCACCAUCACCUUUCCCUAAAAUUUCUGGAAUCAUUGGCGAUGAAGAAUUUUUAAAUCAUCAUAGUCAGGAAUGUAUUAAACUAGCAAAUAAGUAUGAUGACCAAUAUUCGUGGUAUUACUAUCUUACUGAAGUUGCCGUUCGUAAAGUUGACAAUAGCAUGUUUGAUGAAAUAUUUUCUCAUGACGCUGUACUUGAUAAGAAAUGGGAUCAAGAUUAUUUUAGUGAAGUUGAACUAUGGGAACUCUUUGUUAAAUAUUUGAAUCAAUAUAAUGGAAUAAUUAAUAGUUUAAGUCCAAAAAUAAGAAAUUUUGUUUUGCAAGAAGUUAAUGUUGAACAAAUUUAUAAGAGUAUCAAGAAAAGAUAUAAUAAAAAACAACUUAAUAUUAAAACUGAAAAUGAUAUAUUUGAUGCAUUGGAUGAUUUUCUAGUUGAUGAUGAUUUAUUAUUAAAAGCACAAUCUGAAUCGAUUAUGUAUAUUAAAACUAGAAUCAUAACAUCCAAAACAGUAUUAUUCCGUCCAAUCAUAUAUUUGAUUUUAGAAGAUAAAAUAAGUUUCAAAGAAAUUAUUGAUGCAGCAAUAUCAGUAUUACCAAUAAUAUCACAAAUGAAGGAAGCCAAUCAAUUAAGAAGUCAUGUUACUUUUGAAGAUAAUGGACCUAUCCAUAGUAGUGAGCAUAUUGAAUCAAGUAUUGAUGAUGCCAAAGAUCAAACUGAUUUUGAUUAUUAUGACUUACUAGAAGCACCAUUACUUUACCAAAAACAAUAUCCAGAUGAAGAUUUUUCCAAUCUUAUUGAAGAACAAGGCAACAUCAAGGAUAGUAUUAAAUUAAAAGACGUUGAGCUUGCCAAAAAUCGAAUCCUUAGAGUGUUUUUCAUUAAUCUUAUUACGUUACCCAAAUUAAAUAUUCCUAAAUUGGCAGCACAUCGCCAUCCUGGACUGUGGUAUUACUUACGUAAUUUGUUCAUUGGAAGCAUAUACAUGUAUUUACUCUAUAAAAAAGUUCAAAAUAUGAUUGUUGCUGCUUCCACCGAUGAAUCUUUGAAAUUACAGUUGGGAGCUAAUCCAAAUGGACCUAACUUGAAACAAAUUAUCGAAACCAUCGAUAUGGUUUUAUCUAAAGAUAAUGUUAAAACUACAUUGGAAUAUGCAUUGAUCAUCUAUAAUUAUUGGAAAGAUGAAAGUCAAGACUGCGUGGUUUACCACGACUAUAUUCAAAAAUGCCUAAAUGAAUUAUAA